AUGUCGGACGCCCAGGUCACCUUGCGCACGCGCAAGUUCAUUCGCAACCCUCUCCUCGGCCGCAAGCAGAUGGUCGUUGAUGUUCUUCACCCUUCCCGCGCCAAUGUCUCCAAGGAUGAGCUCCGCGAGAAGCUCGGUGAGCUCUACAAGACAUCGAAGGACCAGGUGUCCGUCUUCGGUUUCCGCACUCAAUUCGGUGGUGGCAAGAGCACAGGUUUCGCGCUCCUCUACGACUCGCCAGAGGCCAUGAAGAAAUUCGAGCCUCACUACCGAUUGGUUCGAUACGGACAGGCAACCAAGAUUGAGAAGGCCAGCAGACAGCAACGCAAGCAAAGGAAGAACCGUGCAAAGGAGUCGCGUGGUACGGCGAAGACGAAGGGUGGAAAGGCCAAGAAGGAGAAAUAG